GUGUCAUCCGCAACCUUGGAGAUGUUACAUUACAUUCUCUCGUCAAAAAUAAUAUUGUAAAUUACUGGGGUCCCGCACUGAACAUUGCGACACCCCCUGAUUCAAUUGGUGACUGUAAAUUAUCCCUGCGAAAGUGGGUGGUUGGUGGAUAAAUGGAAAUUAAUGGGCAGGUGAAAAGGAAUAGGAGGCAGGUAUUGUAUUGGGGGUAGAGGAUUGAUGGGUUAUAAGAUUACCCUCACAACAUUUCAGAAGCAUUCAGAGAAGCUAUUGAAUUACCAAAGCAAAUAAAAACUGUACGGGGCAAAUGUCACGGUCAAAGUCGUGAUGAAACACAGUCAGUGACAUUAUAUAUUGAUCGUCACCUUUCAUUUCACAGGAACAGUCACAGAGCCUUCAGUCCAAGAUCACAUCCCAGUUUGCUGAACAGCACAAGAUUCUCAUGGAGAAAGAGCAGCGCGCACUGGGAGAUAUCCGAGAGGAAGAGAAGAGGACUCUAAAUUCAAUGGAGAAAAAUCUUGGAGAUAUUCAAGAGAAUUUAUAAUAUACUCAGGAGAAACUCUUAAACUUGCAGCAACAGAUGAAUCAAAAAGACAGUGUGGUGUUUCUGAAGGAGGAAGCUGGUCGCAAGCAAAGGGUUCGUGAUGAAGCCAAACCAAUGGCAGUGGUAGAUGGAGCCUUGCCGAUUGAAAAGUUUCAUUGCCCUGUUUCGUUCCACACGACAUUCAAAGAAAUAUCUGAUUGCAUCAAGCAAGUCUCCGUCACCCUGGAUGUGGAAACAGCGGGUCCUGUGCUCGAAGUAUCUGCGGAUCGGAAGAGGGUGAGAUGUACCGGGACCAAUAUGAGUCUCCCUGACACCGGGAAGAGGUUUACACACAGUCCGUGUUUGCUGGGAUUGGAGGGAUUCACAUCGGGGAGACAUUCGUGGGCGGUGGAGGUUGCGGGGAGUCGGCGCUGGAGUCUGGGAGUCGCCGCUGAGUCUGUGGAGAGGAAGGGGGAGGUCACACUGACACCUGAGACUGGAGUCUGGAGCAUCGGGCGGUGGGAUGACAAGUUUGUUGCCCUCACCUCCCCUCCAUCCCCUCUCCACGCUCGUUCCAUCCCCGUGAGGGUGGGAGUUUAUUUCAGUUACGUGUCUGGGAGAGUUUCAUUUUACGACGCGGACACCAAAUCCCAUCUCCACACCCUCACUGGGAAUAAAUUCACGGGAAAACUGUAUCCUUUCUUCGGGACGUGGGAUGGAAAACAUUGGCUGAGAAUGUGCUCCAGUUCGAAAACACAAUAGAAAAUAUGGGCAUGUGUAGGCCAUUUGGACCUUCGAGCCAGCACUGCCAUUCAAUGUGAUCUUGGUUGAUUAUCCCCAAUCAGUACCCCGUUCCUGACUUCUCCCCAUAUCCCCCGAUUAGGCUAUUUUUAAGAGCCCUAUCUAGCUCUCUCUUGAAAGCUUCCAAAGAACAUGCCUCCACCCUUAGGCAGAGCAUUCCACAGACUCCCCACUCUCUGUCAGAUAAAGCGUUUCCUCGUCUCCGUUCUAAGUGGCUUACUCAUUAUUCUUAAACUGUGGCCCUUGGUUCGGGACUCCCCCUACAUCGGGAACAUGUUUAAUGCCUCUAGCGUGUCCAAGCCCUUAACAAUCUUAAAUGUCCCAAUGAGAUAACCUCUCAUCCUUUUAAACUCCAGAGUAUACACGCCCAGCUGCUCCAUUCUCUCAGCAUACGACAGUCCCGCCAUCCCGGGAAUUAACCUUGUAAACCUAAGCUGCACUCCCUCAAUAGCAACAAUGUCCUUCCUCAAAUUAGGGGAUCAAAACUGCACGCAAUACUCCAAGUGUGGUCUCACUAGGGAUCUGUACAACUGCAGAAGGACAUCUUUGUUCCUAUAUUUGAUUCCUCUCGUUAUUAAUGCCAACAUGCCAUUCGUUGUCUUCACUGCCUGCUGCACCUCCAUGCUUACUUUUUUAGACUGAUGAACAAGGACCCCGCAGAUCCCGUUGUACUUCCCCUUUUCUCAACUUGACAUAAUUUAGACAGUAAUCUGCCUUCCUGUUUUUUCAACCAAAGUGGAUAACCUCACAUUUAUCUGCAUUAAACUUCGUCUGCCAUGCAUCUGCCCACUCCCUCAAUCUAUCCACCCUGCAUUCUCAUAACAUCCUCCUCACAGUUCACACUGCCACCCAGCUUUGAGUCAUCAGUAAAUUUGCUAAUGUUACCUUGAAUCCCGUCAUCCAAAUCAUUGAUGUAUAUUGCAAAGUAGCUACGGUCCCAGCACCGAGCCUUGCGGUACCCCAUUAGUCACUGCCUACUAUUCUGAAAGGGACACGUUAAUCCCUUCUUUGUUUCCUGUCUGCCAACCACUUCUCUAUCCAUGUCAGCACUCUACCCCAAUAUAUGUGCCCUAAUUUUGCACACUUGUCUCCUAUGUGGACCUUAUGAAAUGCUUUCUGAAAGUCCAGGUACACUACAUCCACUGUCUCUCCCGUGUCCAUUUUCGUAGUUACAUCAUCAACAAAUUCCAGACGAUUAAUUAAGUAUGAAUUCCCGUUCGUAAAUCCAUGCUGACUCUGACCGAUCCUGUUACAGCUAUCCAAAUAUGCGGCUAUCUCAUAUUUCGUCAUUGACUCCAGCAUCUUCCCCACCACCGAUGUGAGGCUAACUGGUCUAUAAUUCCCCGUUUUUUUCUCUCCCGCCUUUCUUAAAAAGUGGGAUAACAUUAGCUAUCCUCCAAUCCACAGGAACUGAUAUGUGUCUACAGAUCAUUGGAAAAUUAUCACCAAUGCAUCCACGAUUUAUAGAGCCACUUCCUUAAGUACAUAGAAACAUAGAAACAGAAAAUAUGUGCAGGAGUAGGCCAUUCGGCCAUUCCGGCCUGCGCCGCCAUUCAAUAUGACCAUGGAUGAUCAUCCAACUCAGCAUCCUGUACCUGCCUUCUCUCCAUACCCCAUGUUACCUUUAGUCACAAGGGCCACAUCUAAUUCCAUCUUAAAUAUAGCCAAUGAACUGGCCUCAACUACCUUCUGUGGCAGAGAAUUCCAGAGAUUCACCACUCUCUGUGUGAAAAAUGUUUUUCUCAUCUCGGUCCCAAAAGAUUCACCCCUUAUCCUUAAACUGUGACCCCUUGUUCUGGACUUCCCCAAUAUCGCGAACAAUCGGCCUGUAUUUAGCCUGUCCAACAUCUUAAGAAUUUUGUAAGUUUCUAUAAGAUCCCCCUCAAUCAUCUAAAUUCUAGCGAGUACAAGCCGAGUCUUCAUAUGAAAGUCCUGACAUCCCAGGAAUCAUUCUGGUCAAUCUUCUCUGUACUCCCUCUAUCCCAUUCGCCUUAUUCACUGCCUGCUGCACCUGCAUGCGUACUUUCAAUGACUGGUGUACCAUGACACCCAGGUCUCGUUGCAUCUCCCCUUUUCCUAAUCGGGGCCCUGGGAUGCAGACCAUCAGGCUUUAUCAGCCUUCAGUCCCAUUUGUCUAUCCAACACCAUUUCCUGCCUAAUGUGGACUUCCUUCAGUUCCCCUGUCACCCCAGAUCCUCUGGUGCCUACUAUAACAGGAAGAUUGUUUGUGUCCUCAUUUGUGAAGACAGAUCCAAAGUACCUGUUCCGCACCGGGUGUGUUAAAGAGUCAGGUACCGGGACCGUUAGAAGCAGGGGCUGUGGGGCAGAAACCCGGUGGUCGACGCUGAGCGAACGGUUCCCAUUUAAUCCCCAAAUUCCGCGUCGUAAAAACCCCAGUGAGUGAGUGAGUGCGGAAAUAAAAUCAUUGGGAAUGUAAAUGUGGGAAGAGUUAAAUAAAGACCA